UUCAACACUCAAUGCCAUUUUCGUUUUAUGCAAUGUUUGACGGGUCCCGUUUUAGCAAGGCAUAAGGUGAACUGUAGCGAUUGUGUUACGCGCUGAAGCGGAGUUCCUAAGGUGCUUCACGAUAUGUCCGGAAGAUGAGGGUGUGAGUGAAACAAAUCCAUGAACAAUAGGAUAGAGAGCUUGAUACUGUCUGUUGUGAAUGUGAUGACACCUUAGACAUUUUACAGAUCGUCAUUCGGUUAUCAGGAAGGAAAGCAGAAAUGGCUGACGCCAAUGAGAAACAGAUGCGCUACAGAAGGAUGAUUCUCAAUCUGAGCAAUAUGAUCAGGCCAGAGGAAGUCCAGUCGAUGAAAUUUUUGUGUAAAGAUUUCAUCAAAGCAGGACAAAGAGACAAAAUAAAAGAUUUUCUGGAAUUGAUUACAAUUUUGGAGGAAAGAAAGGAAAUAUCUUCAGAAAAGAUUGAAUUUUUGAAUUAUCUGUUGGAAAAUGCCACGAAGGGUCGAAGAGAUGUGUUUGAUGCAGUUCACGAGUACCAGCCACGGGAUGAGACUGUGGAUGCCAUUCCUGAAUAUCCUGCACAGAGAGAUUACACAAAUCCAGAACUGAGGCAGCCAAUCGAACUCCUGAAGCGUAAACUAGGACGAGACUGGCGGUUCUUUGUAAGGAACUUAGGUGUGGAUGAUUUUGAUAUUGACAAUCUUGCGGAUGCGUAUCCGCGGGAUGUGAAAGAACAGAUCCACAGAGCUAUAAAAAUAUAUUUGAAUGAAAAGAGGGAAAGAUCAUCGAAACAGGACCUUAUUGACGCCUGUAAAAAGGUCAAAAGAAUGGACCUUGCAAGGAAACUGGAAGCUGAUGAUUAUAAUUGAUUCCAAACUGCUAAAACUGGUGAAACUGAGCUCAAGCAUCUCAUUUCUCAAAAAAUGGCAUGGAAUGGGAAUUUUUAAAAUUCUUUUGUUAUAUCUAAGUAGUGUAGUGUUUGCUUCCUUUGAACAUGUGAAAUGAAGUUGUCAAGUGAAUGAGUGGGAGCUCAUUCACAGCUUUUAUGCAUCCAGACAAGUUAUUCUGAGUUUUGUAUCUCAAUAAAUGAAGUUAUAUAAUUAGUUCUGAAUGUAAAUAAGAAGGCCAAUAUCAUGAUAUUGUGUAUAUUUGUUUACACCCAGCUAUUUCAGAACAUUAUGACACAUACUGCAGAAUCAGAUGAAUUGAUCCAGGCUAUGAAGAUUCAAUACAAUACCACAGUUGUUCAAACUGGUUAUAAAUACUAUUAACCCAGUAUUCUGUGUUAUAAUUCACACUGUUAAGUUCAUGAGAUGUCUGAUGACCUCAUGGGUGUAUAUUUUCCAAGGGGUGGGGGACAGUAUGUACAAAAACAAUCAAUAAAAAUGUUGAAACACCA